AUGUGUCCUGUGAGGACAUGCGUGUUUGUCCUGCUCGGCUAUGUGCUGAUCUCAGCCAGCGCUCUGAUCGACUCAGAUGAUGUCAUCACCCGUGAUGAGCAGAUCUACCUCCUGAUUGGAGCGCGAGCCAGGUGUGAGAGGAGAAUACGGGCGCAGCUGGACCAGAUGAAAGAAGGGAGCUGUGUGUCAGAGUGGGACGGGAUCAUCUGCUGGCCUGGAGGGCAGGCGGGGCAGCUGGUCUCUGUGUCAUGUCCCCAGUACAUCUACGACUUCAACCACAGAGGUCAGGCCUACAGACAGUGUGCUGUGUCGGGGGACUGGGAACAGGUGCCCUCCAUCAACCGUACCUGGGCCAACUACACUGAGUGUACUGCUUACCUGGCAUCCAACCACAGGAGCCAGGAGGAGGAGGUGUUUGAGCGGCUUCAUCUGAUGUAUACCAUAGGGUACUCCUUCUCCCUGGUGUCUCUGCUGGCAGCUGUUGCCAUCCUCUGCUACUUCAAGCGUCUCCACUGCACCAGGAACUACAUCCACAUCCACCUCUUCACCUCCUUCAUGUGUCGUGCAGUCAGCAUCUUCGUGAAGGACGCUGUGCUCUACGCUGUGACUGACGAGGCUGACAACCAGGACCUGCAGCCCAGGCCCUACCUGGUGGGCUGCAAGGGGGCGGUGACUCUGUUCCUGUAUUUCCUGGCGACCAAUCACUACUGGAUCCUGGUGGAGGGGCUGUACCUGCACAGCCUCAUCUUCAUGGCCUUCCUCUCAGACAAGAACUACCUGUGGGCUCUCACCAUUAUCGGCUGGGGUGUGCCAGCGGUGUUUGUGUCCAUCUGGGUCAGCGCCCGGGCGUCGCUUGCAGACACACAGUGUUGGGACAUCGGUGCAGGAAACCUGAAGUGGAUCUACCAGGUUCCCAUCCUUGCAGCCAUUGUGGUGAACUUCUUCCUUUUUCUGAACAUCAUCCGGGUUCUGGCCUCCAAGCUGUGGGAGACAAACACUGGAACCCUGGACCCUAGACAGCAGUACAGGAAGCUGCUCAAGUCCACCCUGGUGCUGAUGCCUCUGUUCGGGGUUCACUACAUGGUGUUCAUGGCCCUGCCCUACACACACGUCUCCAGCCUGCUCUGGCAGGUGCAGAUGCACUACGAGAUGUUCUUCAACUCCUCUCAGGGGUUCUUUGUGGCAUUCAUCUACUGUUUCUGCAAUGGAGAGGUGCAGGCAGAGGUGAGGAAGGCGUGGCUAAGGCGGAGCCUGGCUCUGGACCUCAAGCCCAAGACCCGCAUGACGAGCAGCUGCUACUACGGGGGCAUGAUGUCACACACCACCACCCACAGCGUCACCCUCACCGUGGCCAAUCCCAGAGGACUUCCUGCCAAUGGGGGCGGGGCCGGAGGGGCUGGGGGCGGGGCCAGACGCCUUGCCUCCCUCCACCCCUUCACCAACCUGCCGGGGUGCAUCCCCCGGGACCCAGAGCCCCCCAGCGGCCCACAGGAAGUUACCCUGAGGAGGCCUGGGGUGGGGGGUGGGGCUAAUGGAGGUGCUAGCGGAGGGGGCGGGGCUAAUGGAGUGGGCAGGGCCAACGCAGGCGUCCUGAUGAAGGGGGAACCCCCAGAGCUGUCAGGCAGUGAGGGCCGCAGGAGCACCCAGUCUCUCAAGGAGGUGGAGACCAUGCUGUGA